UCAUCCACUUUUAUAUUAAUGUCCGCUAAAAUCUUAAAUUUUCACAUGUCUUCUCUUUCUGCAACUCUUUCUUGACUUCUUGUUUUCUUCUUCCUCUGUUAUAUAAGCACACAAACUCAUCCUCGUUUUCGAUUUAUCCCCGUGAUCUCACCGUUUUUUCGCCCUAAUUCCGGCUUCGAUUUACACUUUCGAUGUCAUUUUCUGUGUUGAAUUUUGGGGUUUUUGAUUAGCUUUCAAUCCUCGCGACUCUUUGCCGGAUUUUAUUUUUUCAAUCGGGUUUUCUUGGAGUGAAAGGGGAAAUCCCGAAAACAUCUCUUCUUCUUCGAUUUCAUUUUCAUUCCCUUGUUGGUCAUCGUCGUUUUUCUCCCUGUCUUCUUCGUAAGGAGGGAUUCGUCUGUUUUUUACAGGGUAGGAGAGAGAAACAUAAAACCUCUAGAAAUCUCUCAUCCGCCCUUCCUUUCUCUCUCUAGAAAUGGUUUCAGAGAAAAGAUCCAACCUUGAAUGUUUCCUGGAUUCCACAACCCCUGUUGUUCCAUCCCAAUUCCUCUCCAAGAGUGAGAUUAGGAACCUUAAUAAGCUAUGGCAUCCAUGGGAAAGGGAGAGAGUUGAAUUCUUCACGUUGGAAGAUCUUUGGAAUUGUUUCGAUGAAUGGAGUGCGUAUGGCGCCGGAGUUCCGAUCAACGUCGACGACGCCGGAGAUGAAACUAUUGUUCAGUAUUAUGUUCCUUACCUCUCCGCCAUUCAAAUCUUUACAAGCAAUUCUUCUUUGAACUGUCAAAGGGAAGAAACAGAUUCCGAAACCAGGGAUUCAUUUAGCGAUUCGUUGAGUGAGGAGAGCGAGAGCGAGAAGGUGUCAAGGUGGGAUGGAUGUUCUUCGGAUGAAUGUGUGUUUGAUCAAGAAACAUCUUCUCAUUUGAACGAUCGAUUGGGUCAUCUUUACUUCCAAUACUUCGAUAGAUCAACUCCUUACGGAAGAGUCCCUCUCAUGGACAAGGUAUGUGCGUUAUCUAAAAGAUACCCUGGAUUGAUGUCGCUGAGGAGUGUUGAUCUUUCACCAGCUACUUGGAUGGCCGUCGCUUGGUACCCAAUAUAUCAUAUUCCUAUGGGGAGAACGAUCAAGGACUUGUCAACAUGUUUCUUGACAUACCAUACCUUAUCUUCAUCGUUUCAAGAGCUCGAUGAAAAUGGAUUGUCAAAGAGAAAGAGAAAGGAAGGAAUCUGUGUUCCAGCAUUUGGAUUAGCGACCUACAAGAUGCAAGGUGACGUCUGGAUUUCAAGUAAACAGGAUCAAGAAAAAGUUGUUUCAUUUGUGAGUGUUGCUGAUUCAUGGUUGAGACAGUUGGGUGUCCAACACCAUGAUUUUAAUCAUUUUAUGGGGAAUCGCCGUGGUUGAAGAGACAUUAUUGUGGGCUUUUUGGCUUUGUUUAAUGGGAUUUUGCCAUUUGGAUCAAGUUUUUGCCUUUUACGGCUAACCCCGUCGUUAUCCUAUGGGUUUGUGAGAACUUUUGAGGAGAGAGAGGAGGAUUGUGUAUAUUGAAGAAUCCGAUGAGCUUCCGGAGGUUUUAUGUUGUUUAAUGUUUUGAAACCUAUAUGCUCCGAAUUUUAAACCCGAUCUUUUUAGUUAUCAUGUUAUUUUGACAAGAG